GCGCAGCACAUCUACCAACAGCACUAGUGGUGCAAAAGCGGGGCUUCGCGACCGACGCCGCUAUUUCUCAUGUGUGCAAUGUAUGAGUGGAUUUAGGGACAUUACAGGGAAAUCAUGAAUGGCAGUAAUAGAUUGGCAGCAGAGAAACAGAAGAUAGUCCAGGAGAAAUGUUUGGCCAUACUCACAGGAAUGCUGAAGGAUGAUGACAACAAGUACUGUGUUGACUGUGAUGCCAAAGGUCCUCGCUGGGCCUCCUGGAACCUUGGCGUCUUCCUCUGCAUUCGGUGCGCGGGCAUCCACAGGAACCUGGGUGUGCACAUCUCCAAGGUCAAGUCAGUCAACCUGGACACAUGGAAGCCAGAGCAGGCAGUGGCGCUCCAGCAGAUGGGCAACAGCCGGGCGCGUGCCGUGUACGAGGCCAACCUGCCGGACAACUUCCGCCGGCCGCAGACGGACUCGGCGCUCGAGUCGUUCAUCCGCGCCAAGUACGAACACAACAAGUACACGGCGCGCGAGUGGGUGCCGCCCCGGCUACCCAAGGUGAACUGGGACGCUGAGAUUGACACCAUGAUCAGGGACCAAAAGCACAGGAAGGGCUCGCGCGGCCGGGUGGAGAGUCCGGCGCCGCUGCUGACCAAGCCGCUGGCGGCGCCCUCUCCCGUGGCCUCUUCCGCGGUCACCGCCGCCCCUCAGGCCAAGGAGGUCAAGACCAAGGAGACGCCGGCGGUUGCUCGACCAGCCGCCGCUGCCAGUGCCGCCGCGGAUCUGCUCGGGCUAGACACGCCAUCUCCUGCUCCGGCGGACGAUGGGGGUGGCUCGGCCGACCCCUUCGGCGACUUCCUGAGCGCCGCACCGGCUGCUGCGCCCGCGCCGCCGGCGGCCGCCCCGUCCGGCGGCGAUUCCCAGCUGCUCUCGGAGGAGGCCAGCUUCUUCAGCCAGCCGGCCGAGUCGGCCGCCGGCGGCGCCGCCGCCAAGGUCAUGUCGCGGGACUCCAUCCUGGCGCUGUACGGCCAGUCGGCCGCCGGCGCCGCGCCGCCAGGCGGCGGUGUCCUCGGAGCAUAUGCCGGCAUGCCGCCCGCCAGCUCUGGAGUAGGGUUCCCCCAGCAGCAGCAGCAGCAGCAGCCGCCGGUCGGCUACCCGGCCGCCCAGAGCUUCAGCAUGGGAUACCCGGCGCCGCAGCAGCAGCCGCAGCAGUUUCAGCCACAAGUCGGCGCCUUCCACGCGGCUCCGUAUCAGCAGCAGCAGCAGCAGCAGCAGCAGCAACCAUACAUGGCGGGGCCGGGCGCUUACAGCCACAACCAGUCGAUGCCAGCCAUGCCGCCUACCAAUCUACCGCAGAACGGGUACCCGCAGCUGCACCAGCAGAUGGCCGGCAUGACAAUGGGACACCAGCAGAUGCCGCUGGGCGGCACGCCCACGUCCUACGCUCCGCUGGGCAGCGGCGCCCCGCUCAGCGGGCCGCUCUGGCAGUAACGAGCCGGGCCGCUAGGGUAUCAACUGGUGGCCCAGUCAGUGGGCGGCGGCCGCGGGCGGGUCGGGCCAGUACCGGGCCUGCCCGACAGCGCAUCAGUUAUUCCGCAAUUGUGGGUAGACGUGUCGGUGCCGGUGUCGUGGCGGGUUUUAUUCCGAGUGUCGGCGGCGGCGCCGCCGCGUGUCGCUCUCGCUGAGGGAGCGGGACGGUCGUAGCCGCGCCGGCACCGCUGCCAGUGUCCGGUCCUGUCUCCGGCGGCGCUCGGAAGUACAAUAUCGUCGCUGCGUCCGACCCGGGCGCGCGGGGCACGUGGUGCGCCGCCUCGCGCUCCGACGCGCCGUGAUUGUGGACCGCCGCGGCCGUUCGUGACAGCGACAGCGCGGCUGGGGCGUGACGUCACGGUCCAGCGCCCGACGCGGGCCGCGGGUGUUAACGUUCCGUCGGGGCGGCGCGGGUCAUAGUAUUUAUUCUUGAGCGCCGCUCCCCAGCUCGCGGUCGGGCCAGGUCGUGACCACCGGCGCCGACCGGCCAGCCACGCUGGGACCAGCUCUCUGCGACUUUCCAAUAAACCGAACCGGCGUACAACCCCAGGCGCCGCUGUGUUG